AUGCGAAUGAAUCUGGUCAGGCUAACGUCAUCUUCACCCUCCGCGGGGAGUCUCGUCUCCUCUCACAGCCGUUCCAAUCCCGAGGUUGGGAUAAGGAGAGUCGUCAAGGUUCGCCCGGGUCCUGCCGUGACCUUUCACUGCAGGCGAGCGCCGAGCGCCAUAGGUGGCGCCGCCGGGUGCGCCUCCAGCGACAGCACAGAGCAGCCCACGCCUCCUCUCCUUUCUUUAACCCCGCUCCUCCGUCCCACCCCUUCCGGAAGCGGGGUGCGCUCCGUCACUUCCGGCGACGGUCAUGGUCCCGGCGGGAGCGAGCACGCCGCCGCACAGCGCCUACGUUCCCACCUCCUUCGACGGCGCCACCACUCCCUGUCCGCGUUCCUGAACGUGACGGGCGUGCGCGCCGCCGGCCUAGCGUCGGGCUUCGGGGAAAGGCCGGAGGAGCGCGGCGAGGGGGUGGCGCGGGUGAGGCCCCGACAGACAGGCGCCGCCCCCGAACGAGGGGAGAACGCAGGCGCUGGCCGCAGCAAGGAGCGCCACCGCGAGCACCGGCGGCGGGACGGGACGCGCAGCGGCAGCGAAGCCUCUAAGGCCCGCGGCCGUCACGGACACAGUGGUGAGGAGCGGACCGAGGCCGCCAAGAGCGGCAGCAGCAGCAGCAGUGGCGGCCGCCGCAAGAGCGCCUCGGCUACGUCUAGCAGCAGCAGCAGUCGCAAGGACCGGGACCUCAAGGGCCAUCGCAGCCGGACUAAGUCGUCCAAGGAGCCGCCCUCGGCCUACAAGGAGCCGCCCAAGGCCUACCGGGAGGACAAGAGCGAGCCCAAGGCCUACAGGCGGCGGCAGCGGUCCCUGAGCCCGCUGGGAGGCCGGGACGAAAGCCCGGUGUCCCACAGGGCCUCGCAGAGCCUCCGGAGCCGCAAGUCUCCCAGCCCGGUGGGAGGUGGCAGCAGCCCUUAUUCCCGGAGGCUGCCGCGCUCUCCGAGUCCCUACAGCCGGCGCCGUUCGCCCAGUUACAGCCGCCACAGCUCCUACGAGCGGGGCGGCGACGUGUCCCCCAGCCCGUACAGCAGCAGCAGCUGGCGGCGCUCGCGCAGCCCCUACAGCCCAGUGCUCAGACGGUCUGCCAAAUCUCGAAGCAGAAGCCCAUAUUCAUCUAGGCACUCAAGAUCUCGUAGCAGGCACAGAUUGUCUAGAUCCAGAAGUCGUCACUCAAGCAUUUCUCCUAGUACACUAACUCUCAAGAGUAGCCUGGCAGCUGAAUUGAACAAGAAUAAAAAGGCACGAGCUGCAGAGGCAGCAAGAGCUGCAGAGGCAGCUAAGGCUGCAGAGGCAGCUAAGGCUGCUGAGGCAGCUGCCAAAGCUGCGAAAGCCUCAAAUGCAUCUACCCCUACUAAGGGGAGCACAGAAACUGGUGCCAGUGCCUCACAGACAAACCACGUGAAGGAUGUGAAGAAACUGAAAACUGAACAUGCACCUUCGCCCUCAAGUGCUGGGACCGCCAAAAGUGACAAAGUAAAGACAAAGCCACCCCUUCAAGUAACAAAGGUAGACAAUAACUUGAUUGUAGAUAAAGCCUCCAAGAAAACAGUUGUUGGGAAGGAAAGUAAAGCUGCUGCUACAAAGGAAGAACCAGUAUCUACUACUAAAGAGAAAACUAAGCCACUCACACCAAGUGUAGGCGCUAAGGAGAAGGAGCAACAUGUGGCUUUAGUGACCUCUACAUUACCCCCGUUACCUUUGCCUCCCAUGCUGCCUGAAGAUAAAGAUACUGAUAGCUUAAGAGGCAAUAUUUCUGUAAAGGCAGUUAAAAAAGAAGUAGAAAAGAAACUCCGAUGUCUGCUUGCUGAUUUACCAUUGCCCCCCGAGUUACCAGGAGGAGAUGAUCUUUCUAAGAGUCCGGAGGAGAAGAAAACAGCAGCACAGUUACACAGCAAAAGAAGGCCUAAAAUAUGUGGGCCUCGCUAUGGUGAAAUCAAAGAAAAAGAUAUUGACUGGGGAAAACGCUGCGUGGAUAAAUUUGAUAUCAUCGGAAUUAUUGGAGAAGGUACUUACGGACAAGUUUACAAAGCCAGGGACAAAGACACUGGAGAAAUGGUAGCCUUAAAAAAAGUACGUCUGGAUAAUGAAAAGGAGGGCUUCCCAAUUACAGCAAUUAGAGAAAUUAAAAUUCUUCGGCAACUCACCCACCAGAGUAUCAUCAAUAUGAAGGAAAUAGUGACUGAUAAGGAAGAUGCUUUGGAUUUUAAGAAGGACAAAGGUGCAUUUUACCUGGUAUUUGAAUAUAUGGACCAUGAUCUGAUGGGACUACUGGAAUCAGGCUUGGUUCAUUUUAAUGAAAAUCAUAUAAAAUCUUUUAUGAGACAGCUCAUGGAAGGCCUGGAUUAUUGUCAUAAGAAGAACUUUUUGCAUAGAGAUAUUAAAUGUUCAAAUAUCCUUCUAAAUAAUAGAGGACAAAUAAAGCUUGCAGAUUUUGGACUUGCUCGUUUAUAUAGCUCAGAAGAAAGUCGCCCAUAUACUAACAAGGUCAUUACUUUGUGGUACCGUCCACCUGAACUGCUCUUGGGAGAAGAACGAUAUACACCAGCUAUUGAUGUAUGGAGCUGUGGAUGUAUCCUUGGUGAACUCUUCACUAAAAAGCCUAUAUUUCAAGCAAAUCAGGAACUCGCACAGCUAGAGCUAAUAAGCCGUAUAUGUGGGAGUCCUUGUCCUGCAGUGUGGCCUGAUGUAAUCAAACUGCCAUAUUUCAACACCAUGAAACCAAAGAAGCAAUAUCGGCGAAAGUUAAGAGAAGAAUUUGUUUUUAUCCCCGCAGCUGCGCUCGACUUAUUUGAUUACAUGCUUGCCUUGGAUCCCAGUAAGCGGUGCACUGCUGAGCAGGCUCUUCAGUGUGAGUUUCUACGAGAUGUGGAACCCUCCAAAAUGCCUCCGCCGGACCUUCCUUUGUGGCAAGAUUGUCAUGAAUUAUGGAGUAAAAAGCGAAGAAGACAGAAACAGAUGGGCAUGACUGAUGAUCUUUCCGCAAUCAAAGCCCCCAGAAAGGACCUGUCCCUGGGCUUAGAUGACAGUAGAACUAAUACACCCCAGGGUGUGCUGCCUCCUGCACAAUUGAAAUCUCAAAGCAACUCAAGUGUAGCACCUGUAAUAACAGGCCCCGGACAGCCGUUAAACCACAAUGAAUUGGCAAUUCUUCUAAACCUACUACAAUCUAAAUCAAGUGUUAAUAUGGCUGAUUUUGUCCAAGUGUUGAACAUUAAGGUAAACUCUGAGACUCAACAGCAGCUAAAUAAAAUAAACCUUCCUGCUGGAAUUUUGGCAACAGGUGAAAAACAGACAGAUCCAUCAACACCACAACAGGAGUCUUCAAAAUCAUUGGGAGGAAUUCAGCCUUCACAGACCAUCCAGCCUAAAGUGGAAACUGAUGCUGCCCAGGCUGCUGUGCAGAGUGCAUUUGCAGUUCUCUUGACUCAGUUAAUAAAGGCUCAACAGUCAAAGCAGAAAGAUGUCAUUCUAGAAGAGAGGGAAAAUGGAUCUGGACAUGAAGCUACUUUACAACUCAGGCCACCUCCAGAACCCAGCACUCCGGGAUCUGGGCAAGAUGACCUCAUCCAGCACCAGGACAGGAGGAUAAUGGAGUUGACACCAGAACCAGACCGGCCUCGGAUUCUGCCGCCUGAUCAACGACCUCCUGAACCUCCUGAACCACCACCAGUCACUGAUGAGGACCUGGAUUAUCGGACAGAAAACCAGCAUGUACCCACCACUAGUUCUUCACUAACCGACCCUCAUGCUGGAGUGAAGGCAGCCCUCUUACAGCUGCUUGCUCAGCAUCAGCCCCAGGAGGAUCCCAAAAGAGAAGGUGGUAUUGAUUAUCCCACAGGAGACACAUAUGUGCCCACUUCAGACUAUAAGGACAACUUUGGAUCUGCUUUCUCUGCCGCUCCGUAUGUUAGCAGUGAUGGUCUAGGAAGUAGCUCUGCUGCUGCACCGUUGGAACCACGUAGUUUCAUUGGAAACUCAGAUAUUCAGUCUUUGGAGAACUACAGUACUGCUUCAUCUCACACUGGUGGCCCACCUCAAGCUUCUGCCUUUUCCGAGUCAUUUCCCAGUUCAGUAGCUGGAUAUGGAGACAUUUACCUCAAUGCUGGUCCCAUGUUGUUUAGUGGAGACAAGGACCAUAGAUUUGAAUAUAGCCAUGGUCCUAUCGCAGUCCUCACAAACAGCAACGACCCUUCCACAGGGCCAGAGAGUACUCAUCCCUUGCCAGCAAAGAUGCACAACUAUAACUAUGGUGGUAACUUACAGGAAAAUCCAGGUGGCCCUAGCCUCAUGCAUGGGCAGACCUGGACUUCUCCUGCCCAAGGACCUGGAUACUCACAAGGAUACAGAGGACACAUUAGCACAUCAGCUGGCAGAGGUCGAGGCAGAGGGUUACCAUACUGAGUAUCUUGUUUUUCCUCAGGCACAUCAUUUUUAUCUGGAAAGACUUUUCUAGCUGCAAUUUCAGGCAGCAAUCCAAGAGACUUGAAUAAUAUUAAUUCAACAACAGCUUUAUUUUUAUGUGGAAAAGGGUCUUGCAUACAAUAGUGAAAAACAAAAACAAAAAAAAACCUUCGCUUAAUUUCAUGCUGUUCUUAAAACUAGCUCUAUUGAUUGUACAUCGUCACAGAUUUUAGUUAACAGUUUUAUUUUGUAUUCUUGCAGUUUUAAGUGGAUGCUAACAUUAGGGACAUAAUGUUUUUAUGGCCCUGUUGCAGAUCUUCUGAACUAUGCACACUUGUGCUUUUUUUUGUAAGUUUGGACCAACUUUUAUGUAACAACCAACCCUUUCCCUCACCCUUCCAGUUUUACAACAAUCAGAAAGGGCACUGAUUUAUUUGGUAUUUUCUUUUUACAAAGCUACCUUUAGUCAAAGGUCACUGUCAGUCUUUGCACCUGCUUUCAGUGUUAUUGUGAAAGGUGUACUUUGUGCUCAUUUCAGAAAAUAAAACACAACCUUUCUCUUGA